AGAAAGUGUGAGAGCUAUAGGAAGGGAAAGCACCUCUGCCGCUCUCCUUGCCUCCUCUUCUGUGCGCAGUGCUCGGGCCCGACCGCUCCUAUCCUCCCUCUUCAUUUCCUCCCCACAGCUGUCUCUAUCUCUCUCCCUCUCUCUCUGAUGCUGGCUCUCCUUCUCUCACGCCACCGAGCCGGAGGAGACCCUCGGCGGGGCUGGAAUGACUGACUACCUGUUUUGCAUGGUCUGAAUUUCGGGGGGAUCCUGCGCGUCGGAAAGGAGGAGAGUCGAGAAGGAAGAAGGAAGGCUCUCCAUCCCCGGGGGGAUUUUAUUUUACAGAGGAAUGCCAGUGCCUGAGGUGGUGUCUGACAGUGCCAGCGCCGCCGCCAUGUUGAGCCCCGUCCUCAAUGCCUCCAACGGAGACGGCUCGGAGUCUGAAACCACCUCCGCCAUCCUCGCCUCCGUCAAGGAACAGGAACUGCAGUUUGAACGUCUGACCAGGGAGCUGGAAGCCGAACGACAGAUUGUUGCCAGUCAGCUGGAGAGAUGCAAGCUCGGCUCUGAAACUGGAAGCAUGACUAGCAUCAGCUCAGCAGAGGAGAAGUUUCGCUGGAACAACCAAGAUGGACAGAAGGACAUAGAGGAGGAGCUGACAACUGGCCUGGAGCUCGUGGACUCGUGCAUUAGAUCACUACAAGAAUCAGGCCUCUUGGACUCACAGGACGCUUCUACGGGAGACAGACAAGGACUGCUCUCUCAAAGCGCUUUGCAGCUCAAUAGCCAGGAUGCCUAUGCAGCUGCAGGUUACCUUAGUAACCAAGGGCUGACGCUUGGGGAAACGGUUGCAGCCCGCAGCGGACAGGUCGGAGGAGCAGUUCACAGCUACAACCAGGUGACAUCCAGCCGUGCAGCUGCCCAACUAGUGGGCACAGACUCUCCUUCGCAGUCCCAGAGAGACUCAUUUGCCCAGCAGGUUCUUGGCAGCGCCUUACACAUGUCCAGCGAGGGCGGAUCUGUACCUGGUGGACCGUCCAUGUAUUACUCCUGUGCCACUUUGCCUGCUCAGCGUGUCAGCUCCCCUCUGCAGGCAGUGGGAUCCCCCACUAAGCUGCAGCGCCUGGGUUCAGCCUCCGCCGACAUGCCUAGCUACGCCACGCUACAGAGAGUGUCUUCUCCCAAACAGUCACCGAGCCGACUCGCAAAAUCCUACAGCACUUCAUCACCCAUCAAUAUGGUAGCAUCAGGUGCCGCUGGUUCCUCCUCACCUCUCCCCAUGGCCACCUCCCCAGGUGGGAACCACACCUCAUCGCCUAUCCACCAGCUCAGCUCGGCUGUGGGAAGUUACGCCACCCUGUCGCCCACCAAGCGCAUGCUGCAUCACAUAGGAGCAGACAGCUACAAGAUUUCCCACGAGCUUUACGCAAACGCAACCCUGCAAAGGCCUGGGAGCCUGGCAGGUAGAGGGUCAAGGGGCUCCUACAGCAGCCAGCACAGUCACCUGGGCUCUGAACUGCGGCCCCUUCAGUCUCCUGAGCACCACAUUGAUCCUAUCUAUGAGGACAGAGUCUACACCAAACCCAACCUUAGAGGACAAGCCCCAUCCUCCCCUGGUGUUGACCCAAUCCCCUUGCAGCGAACAGGAAGCCAGAGCACCACCAGCACCUUCCAGAGAGGCAGCUUUGCCACAGGAGGUGGGGCAGCUGACUACACCAAUCCGUACCGCACUCUGCAGUUCUGUCCAUCUACCGAGUCUCCUUACAGCAAGUCAGGCCCGGCCCUCCCCCCUGAAGCUGCUCUGGGCAGGUCUCCAUCCGUGGACAGCAUCCAAAAGGACCCAAGGUACGACCCUGAAUUCCUUGUGUGGAAUCAAAAUCAAGCCGAGCAAAGAAUGACAAAGGAGUUUGGCUGGAGGGAUCCAGAGCUACCAGAGGUGAUCCAGAUGUUGCAGCACCAGUUCCCAUCAGUCCAGUCUAAUGCUGCAGCCUACCUCCAGCAUCUCUGCUUUGGCGACAACAAGAUCAAAUCUGAGAUUCGUCGACAGGGUGGAAUCCAGCUGCUGGUGGACCUGUUGGAUCACCGGAUGACAGAUGUUCACCGCAGUGCCUGCGGAGCACUGAGGAACCUGGUGUAUGGCAAGGCUAAUGAUGACAACAAGAUCGCCCUGAAGAACUGUGGAGGCAUACCUGCUCUGGUCCGACUGCUCAGGAAGACCACCGACCUGGAGAUCCGAGAGCUGCUCACAGGCGUUUUGUGGAACCUAUCGUCUUGCGAUGCCCUGAAGAUGCCCAUCAUCCAGGAUGCCCUGGCAGUGCUGACUAACGCUGUGAUCAUCCCACACUCAGGCUGGGACACAUCUCCCCACACCCAGGAGGACCGCAAGCUUCACCUGCACUCUUCCCAGGUCCUCCGCAAUGCCACAGGCUGCCUCCGGAAUGUGAGUUCUGCUGGGGAGGAAUCACGGAGGAGGAUGAGGGAGUGUGAGGGCCUCACAGAUGCCCUGCUUUACGUCAUCCAGACCGCUCUGGGGAGCAGUGAGAUAGACAGCAAGACUGUGGAGAACUGCGUGUGUAUCCUGAGGAAUCUGUCGUACCGUCUGGCUGCAGAGACGUCGCACAGCCAUCAGGGCGGCUCGGAGGAGCUGGAUGGCUUGUUGUGCGACACCGGUGGCAAGGACGCGGAGAGUUCUGGAUGUUGGGGAAAGAAGAAGAAGAAAAAGAAGGGGCAUGACCAGUGGGACGGCGUCGGCCCCUUUCCAGACUUGGCUGAGCCUCCGAAAGGCAUCCAGAUGUUGUGGCACCCCACUAUCGUCAAGCCCUACCUCACACUGCUGUCCGAGUGCUCCAACCCAGACACCCUGGAGGGAGCAGCUGGGGCUCUGCAAAACCUAGCCGCUGGCAGCUGGAAGUGGUCCGUCUACAUCCGAGCUGCAGUACGCAAAGAGAAAGGUCUACCUAUCCUGGUGGAGUUACUGAGGAUAGACAAUGAUCGGGUGGUCUGUGCUGUGGCUACUGCCUUGAGAAACAUGGCUCUGGACAUAAGGAACAAGGAGCUUAUUGGCAAAUAUGCCAUGAGGGACUUGGUGCAUCGUUUACCUGGAGGGAGCAACAACAACAACACCAGCAGCGGAGGCGGAGGAAGCACCAACAGCAGUAUCCUGGCUGGGAAGACAAUGUCAGACGACACCAUCACUGCAAUCUGCUGCGCGCUGCAUGAGGUCAUCACAAAGAACAUGGAGAAUACCAAAGCUCUGAGGGACGCCGGUGGCAUCGAAAAGCUUAUCGGCAUCGCCCGCAGCAAGGGAGACAAAAUUCCCAGACAUAGUCCCAAAGUGGUGAAAGCAGCAUCGCAAGUCCUCAACAGCAUGUGGCAGUACAGAGACCUCCGCAGUCUUUACAAAAAGGAUGGCUAUUCGCAGUACCAUUUUGUGGGCUCCUCCUCCACAAUAGAGCGAGACAGACAGCGACCUUAUUCCUCCUCUCGCACACCUUCAAUCUCUCCGGUGCGGACAUCCCCAAACAAUCGAUCAGCAAGUGCUCCUGCAUCCCCCAGAGAGAUGAUGGCAUUGAAGGAGAGGAAGGCAGACUACGAGUCAACCGGCAAUGCCAGUUUCCAUGGCAACAAGGGCGAGCACACGUCCCGGAAGGACGCCAUGACGGGUCAGAUAUCCGGGGGAUCUUCAACGCUACACAGAGGAGCCUAUGUAUCUCCCACUGAUGAUCUAAAGUAUAAUCAGAUCUCUUCUCAAGGCUUACCAUCAGAGCCUUAUCCACCCUUCCAAAAUCCCCCCCCACCCGACAGCGGCAACUAUGAGGAUCAGGAUCAGGCCUUCUAUGACAGCCAGGUUCACCCUGGAGGUCGUCCCCCACAGGGUGAACUCAACAUGCACCUACAGGGACUAAAGUCCACUGGCAACUAUGUAGACUUCUACUCAGCCUCCCGACCCUACAGUGAGCUCAACUAUGAGACCAGCCACUAUCCGGCCUCACCAGACUCUUGGGUCUGAAGGGACACAACGCUGGAGGAGGAGGACAAGCUGAAAGAUGGGGAAUGGGGAUAGUUAAAGUUUGGAGUUAGAGCAGAGAGGAUAGUUUGCCUCCCUCCUCAUCCUCUCCCCUGUAGUUUCUGAGUAGCAUUAUAGAUAGCAGGACAAAGGAGGAGGAGGAUGGAGUACUGGAAUGGAGACAUUAGGACAGGACACUCCUUUCAGAGACAUCUGAGGAAGGCACGAGAGGGGGCAAUAGGAAGAGCUGCCACGCAUGUGCAUGCACACCACCAACCAAUUUGACACAUUUUGUUUAUGUGUUAAGUUCUGAUCGAAAAGUGUUUUAAAGAGUGCUCAUCUUGGCAGGAAGACCUCGGACCCCUCAAGGAGAAGUAAAGGAGACAGACAUAGAGAAAGAGUCAGAAUGUAUGGGGGAAAGGUUUGGGUCGGCGACUGCUUUGGGAAUCUGAAGGAUGACAGAGAUAGAGGAAAUCAGAUUAGUGGUCUCCAGCAUGUGAGGUUAAGGUAUACAAAUGAAAGUGGUUGCCUGUAAAUAUGUGCUAUAGCAACAUGGCUUGUAGUAAUGUGAAGCACAAGAGGCAGAGCUGUAGGACAUUUAGUACAUCACUCGUACUUUAGUUUGGGCUUCAGAAAAGUGUCCCCUUCUCUGGGCUGGAGAAUGGAAGGUUUUUUUCUGUUUCUCUUUGUUUUGAUGUCUUUCUACUUUUUUAAUUCCAGUGUAUAGUAUUUGAUGUCGCACUGUACAUUGAUGGAGAUGCAUUGUGUUCUGUGCAUUGCACUAUUUCUGUGUUAUGUUCGGGCCUUUUUUAUGCCAUUGGGUCAGCCUCACCUUCUCACCUGAUAUCACAUGUAAUAGCUGCACUUAAAUCUCACACCUCAGACAUCUGUUUGUUACCAAUGCGAAACAGUGGCGAUGAACUGCUGGGUCACGGUGCUCCUUUCACUGCCCUGCUGUUAGCAGACAGUACAGCUGCCAGGAAUAGCUGAAGAGAGACUGAUAUGGCAUACCUUCUCUGCUCGCUUUACUUUUCUAGGCUAGCUUUUGCAUUUUAACAUCGUAAAUCCUCUCUUUGUUGUUCAGGGGAAGCCCUUACUCCAAGCGACCUGUCACUUGUUGUGUAUAUAACCGUGCCAAACAAGCGUAACUUCCCCUCGGCUUAAGAAGGGGGCAUCAAGGAGUGCGUCAAAGGGUCCAAGUUCAGCUGAACAACCUCUCGGUUCGGAUGCCAGUUUGUACAUGCUUUGGUUUUUCUAAACUGUGUUUUACUGAGAUGAAAAAUUGUCUAUCUUGCACCAACAAGAAGAAAACCACACACAUAAAAAAAGAAAAAGAAAUCCCACUGAGAGACAGUGGGACCCGGCAGAGCUUCACUUGCUCACAUGUACAAAAUUAGUUGAUUUCUGUGUUGUAAAAUAAUCAAUGUUUGAAGUACAAAAAAAACAAACUUUUCUGAGAGAUGGGUGGCAGUUCUAACUUCAUGGUAGACAAAUCUGUUAAUAGAGUACGGAUAUAUAUUAUAUAAAUGCAAAUAUAUACUUUUUAUGUGCAGAUGUGGAUGUCACUUAUAGCAGCAACAUUAACGAGAAAAGACUUGUUAAAAAAAAAAAGACAACAGCUACAUGUAGGCAUUUUGUUCAAAUCUUCUUUUCUGGUCAACACAAUAAAAUGUCAACUUUGUGUAGUAAUGUUGUUGCUAUGUGGAGUAGAGUAGUCCAGGGCCCAGGGACCCAUGUUGUCACUGAAUCAAGCCAACAAGGUGCUACAUUUCUGACGAGUAUUACCAACAUGUCGGUAUUUUAACACUGCACAAAACAUCUCUGUGGGGCAUUCUGAUUAUAUACAGGACCUUGCUGUAUUCAUACUCCCUGUAUUUGUUCACAGUUUAUGUUACUACACAGACUUCAGUGUAUUUGAAAGGGAUUUUAUGGGACAUGCCAACACAAAGUAGGGCAUGAUUGUGAACGAGAAGGAUACAUACAUUUUUUUUUUUUACUAAAACAAAAUAUAAAAAGUGUGGUGUGCAUUUGUAUUUUGGAUCCUUUAGUCAACACUUUGUAGAGCCAACCUUUUGCUGCAAAUACAGCUAUAACUCUUCUGCUGUAUGUUUCUACCAGCUUUGCAAUUUAGACAUUAACAUUUUUGCUCAUUCUUAUUAGGAAAAUAGCUCAAGCUCAGACAGAUUAAACAGAGAGCAUCUCUGAACAGCAAUUUUAAACUUUUGCAAAAGAUUCUUGUUUGGCUUUAGGUCUGGACUUUAUCUCACACCUGAAUAUGCUUUGGGAAAAACCAUUAAUAGUUUUUCUUUGAGGUUAGAAAAACUGAUCUGAAUUGAAUUAAAUUCCAUUGAGGCACUGGCUGUAUUUUUAAGAUUGUUGAAUUGCUGGAAGGUGAAUCUCUGCAUCUCAAGGGCAGGAUGGUGCCACCAUGAUGUUUCAUGAUUGGGAUGGCCUGUUCAGAGGGAUUUUCAGUGUUACUGUAGUGUUCCUUCACACAGUGUUUUGCAUGUUUUCCAAACUCUUUAGAUGUGCACCCAUUUGUGAAUUAUGGUCAUAUCUGACUAGAGCACCUUUUAGUUGUCCCGUCAACAUUUUCUCCCCCUGAGGUGUUGAUAUCUGCAGCUCUUCCAAAGUUACCUUGGACCUCUUGGCUUCUUCUCUGUUUGAUGCUCUCUCUUCCCCAGGCUGUCAGUUUAGGUGGACAGUAACUUCUUUUUAUUUUUGUGUAAAGGAUUUAACAGCUAGAUGCCCAAAGCACACAAUUUAAGUCAGGGAUAUCAGAGCAAAGCGUGUUGAAAUUAAAUGCACAUCACACUUUUCAGAUUUUGAAUUCAGAACAAUAUUUUUCCAUUUCACAAGUCUACAUUAUUUUGUGCUUGUCUAUCACAUAGAUCCUAUUAAAUCACACUGAAAUUUGUGAAUAUAGUGUGAUAAAAUGUGCAUAUCUUCAAAGUAUAUCAAUACUUUUGCAGUGCACUUUUAUAAUCUGACCUCCUCAAGUCAAAGAGCAAAACUUGCAUCCCAUGAAUGCAUGAGUAUUUUUGUCAUCAAGCCAAAAAGACUAAAUUGGAACAACUGACAGACCCUGGCCCCGGCAACUCACUGCUGUUUUAGAAGUCCUAGAGGUCAUCUUCCAAUGCUUAAAAAGCCACUCAUAAUGCAGCUGUUCCCCACAGACGCACGCUGGAUGUUCAACAGAUUUGUUAGUGAGCAUCUGGAAACUGACAACGUCAUGUAUGUCUUUGUGAUCCUUAGGCAACAAACCUGACAUAAGACCUGUAUGGAGAUAUAACGUCGGUGACCUUUUAUUUUGUUGCUAGACCAAAUGUGUUUUAAGAAGACAAUUGUAAAUCUUUCUAUUGCCUCAAACAGAUUGCAACUGCUCCAAAAAAAUAUAAAAGGACCAUUGAAGAA